UUUUGAAAUGAACCAUUCGUUAGAUUCUGAUAGACGAGCUUUAAUGGACCAUGUUUCCCAACUCCUCACCCAGUAUCACUCUUUACUCACCCAUUCGCUUGAAGAUAAGCAACACUUCCAUCUCGAAGAGAAACUCUACACUGACAAAGUGAACAAUCUUUGUAGACAGAAGGAAAAAUUAGAAGAGAAAAUAAUGGAACAUUAUAGAAAACUUGACAAUGCUUCGUGUAAAAAGAAAGGAUUUGGUGCAACUUUGGUGCGAAAAGUGAGAAAAGCCGGUUCUGACAUUAUCAAUAAAGUUCCAAGCCGAAAUCGUCGAUCUUGGCAUGAAGAUGUUUCCCGACUCACUCAAAGUCAGUUCACUCUAGGUGGAGGGUCGGGGGAAUCAGCAGGAAACGAUUCAGAUAACAGCAAUGAAGAAGCAAAUAGCAAAAGUGAUCCUCCGUUUAAGAGAUCAACGGGGGGUAGUUUACAUGGACACCGACCUAGAGAUGAGAUUGCUUUGCGAAGAUCGCAUAGAGAAGCAACUCUUCAUAGGAAUAGUAUAGCGGGUGACGAGAAUUUUGCUCGCGAGCCUGAAGGUUCGCUGAGUUUGGGGUCAGUUGGUUCCCGAAGAACGGUGUAUCUCUCGGAGGACGAGCCGAACACAGUGGCGCCCCCAACGCAGCCCCCAUUGCUCGUUUAUAACAGGAUAUCAACUGUUGUUGGCGAGGUUCCGCGCUCUUCGGGCCAACAGAAAACAGAAAGUACAGUUAAGGAAAAUCAGGAGAAAAAAGAAGUAGAAAACUGUAAAGAAACAGCAGUUUGGUAUGAGUACGGCUGCGUGUGAAGAUUUUGAUAUACACUUUAAUGCAUUUAUAUUUAGUAUUUAACUCACCAAGAAUGUAGGAAUUUAUUUUGCAAUGGUAUUCGAAUUCUGACCGUUUUGCAUUGCCGAGACGAAAGUUACGCUUAUUUUUUAUGGUUUGUAAGUAAAACAGAAGGUUUUCACAGCGUAAGCAAGAGUAUUAUAUUUUUUACUUUGCCGAUUUUAACUAUUUAUUAUAUUUAUUGUAAAUAAAAAGUGAAUUUGA